UCCGUAGUCGGUCACAUGACGUAUCACAAGACUAACACGGAAGUCGGGGUUUGUUUGGCACUGGUGGCCGGUUCGAUCAAUGUAGUUUUAAAAAUGCGACUUUUACCCGUCAUGUUUUACUUGAUUUCGUACUCGAAUGUAUUGACAUAUGCAAACGAGCCAAUUCAGACGUUUGUAAUCCCGCACAGUCACAUGGACGUCGGCUGGGUGUACACUAUCCAGGAGAGUAUGCACGCCUAUGCAGCCAACGUGUACACCAGUGUGACGGAGGAGCUUUCCAAGGAUAAAAAUCGCAGGUUCAUCGCUGUGGAACAGGAAUUCUUUCGACUGUGGUGGGAUGAUGUGGCUUCGGUCUCCCAAAAGAAGCAAGUUCUGCAGCUGGUGAAAGAAGGCCGACUCGAGUUCGUCCUGGGUGGCCAAGUGAUGCCCGACGAAGCUGUCACGGAUAUCGAUGACUUGCUGUUGCAAAUGACAGAGGGCCACGGCUUCAUCUUCCAGACGUUCGGCGUGCGUCCUCGCUUCUCGUGGGGCGUCGACCCGUUCGGAGCCUCCGCCGCCACGCCGGUGCUCUUCGCCCUGUCCGGGUUCGACGCUCAUCUCAUCUCGCGCGUCGACUACGACCUCAAAGACGCCAUGCAGAAGACGAAGAAAUUGCAAUUUGUGUGGAGAGGUUCGGCCUCUUUGCAAGAGCAACAGCAGAUCUUCACUCACACCAUGGACCAGUUCAGCUACUGCACGCCAUCUUACCUGCCAUUCUCCAACAGGUCAGGCUUCUACUGGAACGGCGUGGCCAUGUUCCCCGAUCCCCCAAAGGAUGGCGUGUACCCCAACAUGAGUUUGCCCGUCACCAAGCAGACGCUGCACGCUUAUGCCAGCACCAUGGUGGAUAACAUCAAGCAGAGGGCCGGCUGGUUCCGGACCAACCACGUUCUGUGGCCAUGGGGCUGCGACAAACAGUUCUACAACUCGUCGGUGCAGUUUGCCAACAUGGACCCAUUGAUGGACUAUAUCAACCAGAACAGUAAAGACUUCGGGGUCACGGUCCAGUAUGCCACACUUAGCGAAUACUUCCAAGCAGUACACAAUGCGCAACUUGUCUGGGAUGUGCGUGACAGCGAAGACUUUCUGCCCUAUUCUACAGACUCCCACCAGGCGUGGACAGGCUUUUACGCUUCUAGAAACAUCCUAAAAGGCGUGGCGCGGCGAGCCAGCGCCCAACUUCACGCGGCGGAGACUCUCUUCACGCUGUACCGUAUCAAGUAUCCAGACGGACCUGUCGCUAAAGACUGGGCGCUUGCUAAGCUAAGAGCUCUACGCUGGGCCGUCUCCGAGGUCCAGCACCACGACGGCAUCACUGGCACGGAGUCUCCGAAAGUGGCAGACAUGUACCUGCAGCAUCUCACACGGGCCAUGAUGGGCGGGGAGGAGCUUCUGGCGGCCAUCUUCUUGCUGCCACACAACAUCGACAUCCUCAGCAGCCACGAAAAAGAUGCUCACCAGGCUUUGGAACGACACCUUAUUGUUUACAACCCGUUGGCCUGGAACAUCUCAACUGUCGUCAACGUCACCGCAAACUUCCCAUGCGCGAGUGUCUUUGAUGAGUCGAGACAACCCGUACCCACGCAGAUCCAAAGAUCUGCCUCGUCCAAUGUCACCUAUGACCUGUUCAUCCUGGCCGAACUGGGAGGUCUUCAGCACAGGAAGUACUUGAUGAAGUUCUCAGAGAAGCCGUGCCCGUGGAGGCCCAAGUGUGGCGGCGCAUUCGAAGCCAGAGCGGUUCCUUUCGAAAGGCGCAGCGUCCGGGAUUGGAGGAACGUGGGCAGGAGGCUCCUCCCGGUUCUGAGCGACUGUUACCAGCUCAUGAUUGACCAGGACACCAAUUUACUUCACAGCAUCACACAUCUGCAGGACAAAAGAAGAGUACGGGUGACUCAGGAUUUUUGGGAGUACCGUGCCAACGGUGACGUGAAAGCAGGGCCCAUCUCGGACAACUACAUCUUCAGCGCCAACGCUUCAGCUGUGCGGGCGUACGAGGCGGUGCGAAUGGAGAUCAUCCCUGGUGAAAUUGUCACCGAGAUCAGGCAGUACUUCUACAGAAAAGAAAGCGAUGAGGACUACGUCUUCUCCAUUGUCACACGCGUCCCAGAAUGCUUCGGGAGCAAAGUGCGGUGUCACGGGCUGGAGCAGGCGUACUCGCUGGGGCCGCUUGCCGUCAACGCCGAGGUGGUCCUGAGGACCGGCUCGUCUUUGAAGAGCGGGCGGACGCUGUACACUGACGACAACGGCUACCAGAUGAUGAAGAGGACACGCAAAGAGUUUGCAAACAACACGAUAGCCCGAAAUUAUUUCCCCAUGGUUCGCACGGCCUACAUCGAGGACGGACUCAGCCGGCUGGUGCUGGUCGGCGACCGAGCCCACGGCGUGUCCAGCCAAGCCAGCGGACAGCUGGAGGUCAUGCUCCACAGGCGUCUGUGGAACAACCUGCCCUGGAACCUCGGUUACAACCUGACCCUCAACGACAGCUCGGUGGUCCGCCCCACGUUGCGAAUGAUGCUGGCCUCCAAGGGUGUCGCCUCUAAGAUUUACCAGAGGGAGGCGAUAGAGCUACAGCACAGACCUGUCGUCGUGCCCAUCGACCUGCCACAGAUGCACUGGACGGAGAAGGCGCACGAAGGAAGUCCUCGCGCCAGUGCCGUGGUGCUGCCGCCCAACCUGCACCUGCUCACCCUCAGCAUCCCUGGCUGGAACUACAGCGUCCACUCAGGUGAAAAUGCGCAGCCCGAGCCGGACUACGACCGCGUCCUGUUGAGAAUCAUGCAUCUGUUUGAGGAAGGAGAAGACCCCGAGCUUUCAAAGCCCGUCACCAUCAACUUGAAGGAUGUGCUGUGGGGCAUGGGGGAGGUGUCGGCCAUCGAGGAGCGUUCCCUGACAGGAACCUGGGAUGUAGGCAGCCUGCAGAGGUGGAUGUGGAAAACUGCAGAUGGCAAAGCCGGGAAGAAGAAAAGCCGCAGGCGGUUUGGAGACGAUCCUUUCUCAGUGACCAUUUCAGCCAAAGAAAUACGAACCUUCUUUGUUUCCUUUGACUCCAGGAAUCUUUAAGUCGUCUUCUGUGUAGUUUUCCUCUUUUUUUUUUUUUUUAAGAAUAUUAAAUUUUUUGCUUCACCUCA